AUGCUCGGAGAGGGCAUUUUCACCCAAGGCGGUCGGCCUUGGAAGCAUUCGAGGGAGCUUCUCCGUCGCCAGUUUGUCCGAAUUCAUCGCCAAGAUUCAGGAGUUUUCGAUGCGCAUGUGGAGGGUUUAAUCGCAAAAAUUGGUUCCACAAAGGGUAUUGUGGAUCUGCAACCUCAUUUCCUUCGCUUCACUUUGGCCACGACGACAGCGCUAAUCUUCGGGGAGCCUGUGAUCUCUGUACCAGGGGAGGAGACAGAUGAUUUUGAGAAGUGCUUCGAUUAUGCCAGUUAUAUGAGUGCAAUUCGACUGCGCCUUGCUGAUUUUGAAUGGAUUUUCAAGCCUGCUAAAUUCAAUAAGGCGUGUGCUGUCAUCAAAAACUUUGCGAUGCAUUUUGUCCAACUCGCCCUCCAAGAAAUGGAGCACAAUGGGGAGGAAGCCGCUUUCGACAAAUACGCGUUCAUCGUCGAGCUCUAUAAGGAGAUGCAAGAUCCCUCACAAGUUCUGGAUCAACUGGUCCACGUGCUGAUUGCUGGAAGAGACACAACGGCAUGCCUACUGUCUUGGACAUUCUUCCUCCUCGUGCGGCAUCCCGAGGUCCUCGCCAAACUGCACGCUGAAAUUCAGGAUGUCACUGGAGGGACAUCUGAGAUGAGUCGGGCAGUCAUCGCUAAGAUGAAGUACCUUCGCUGUGUGAUUAAUGAAGUUCAUCGGCUAUAUCCUCAGCUGCCAUUUAAUGUGCGAGUAGCUGGCAAAACCACCAUUCUUCCUAGUGGCGGCGGACCAGAUGGGAAAUCUCCCGUGCUUGUGCCAAAGAACACCGGAAUAGGAUACUCGGUUUAUCAUAUGCACAGACAGAAGAGCAUAUACGGUGAUGAUGCGGAAAUUUUCCGACCCGAAAGAUGGUUAGGUCCAGACCUGGAAAAUGUUGGUUGGGGGUUCAUGCCCUUUCACGGGGGUCCUAGAAUAUGCCUGGGGAAGGACUUUGCACUGACUGAAGCGUCAUAUGCAAUUAUCCGCAUCAUCCAAACCUUUCCUGAUCUCAAGCUACCCCCUGACGUGCCUGUUGCCCCUACUGGUGAGGAGAAGCAGAAUAUGACAAUUGUGGUCAUGAGCGCGGACGGAUGCAAAGUGUCCCUCAAAUAG